UAUAUUACGUUAUAGCAUAUGUUUUUCAUUUGUAAGCAUCAGUGAAGAAUGACUAUGUUAAUAGUGAGGUUUAUAGUACUGUUGAGUGUGUUUGUUGGUAUUUCAUAUGGAUGGGGUGACCAGAAUAAGUACGACACAUCAGCACAGGCCAAGUGUACUGAGGUGACACGAGGACCAACUAGGGACUGCAGAUGGCCCGCGGGCCUAAACAUGCAAGUGGAUCAAAUAGCAGCUGGGGGGAAGAUCGCUGCAUACAAAAUUCGAUGGUUUAACGGUAGUUGGAGUGGUUGGGUUGUCCCUGGGUACAACGACAUGGACUGGAAAAUCAACGUUGGCAUCAUGAGUUGUUCAAUGCCGUACAAAGCCAACAGUCUAAGACGAGUGUGGUCUUACUUCUACGACCACACCCACAAAUACAUUGUGUGCAAAGCUUAGAAAUGAUUGACAGAAACAAUAUUAAAAGCAUUAUCUAAUGA